AAGACAGAAAACCGAGGACGGAGGGAUGACAACGGAGAGCUACGAUGACCCUCACAAACCUCUACCCUCGCUGGUGGUGCAUAUCAGGGGCCUGGUUGAUGGCGUUAUGGAGUCUGACCUGGUGGAGGCGCUGCAGGAGUUUGGCGCUAUUAGUUAUGUCGUCAUGAUGCCCAAGAAGCGCCAGGCUCUGGUGGAGUAUGAGGAAAUGAAUGGUUCCUGCAAUGCUGUCACAUAUGCAGCUGAUAACCAGGUUUACAUUGCAGGCCACCCUGCCUUCAUCAAUUACUCCACUAGCCAGAAGAUCUCCCGACCAGUAGACUCUGAUGACACACGAAGUGUCAACAGUGUGCUGCUGCUCACUAUUAUCAACCCCAUUUAUCCUAUCACCACGGAAGUACUCUAUACCAUUUGCAACAACUGUGGUCCUGUACAGAGGAUUGUCAUCUUUAGAAAGAAUGGCGUUCAGGCUAUGGUUGAGUUUGAUUCGGUCCAAAGUGCGCAGAGGGCCAAAGCCUCUCUGAAUGGUGCAGAUAUCUAUUCUGGCUGCUGUACUCUGAAAAUUGAAUAUGCCAAGCCUGCUCGCCUCAAUGUCUUCAAGAACGAUCAAGACACGUGGGACUACACAAACCCCAACCUGAGUGGUCAAGAUGCUGAUGGUGAUGGCAAUUGGAACAAUUCACAAGAUCCCAAUGCCAAUCCCAACAAACGGCAGCGGCAGCCUGCACUCCUGGGAGAUCACCCUCCGGAUUAUGGUGGCCCACAAGGAGGUUAUCACAGCUACAAUGAUGACAGCUAUGGGCACCCUCCUCAUCGCAUGGGACCUGCUAUGGGUGGGCGUGGUCGUGGUAGCCAGCGCUACGGCUCAGGAUAUGGACCGCCCCCUCCUGAGUAUGGCCCUCAUGCUGAUUCCCCUGUUCUUAUGGUUUAUGGUCUUGAACCAUCAAAGAUCAACGCUGACAAAGUUUUCAACAUCUUCUGCCUCUAUGGCAAUGUACAGCGGAUCAAGUUCAUGAAGAGUAAGCCCGGGGCAGCGAUGGUGGAGAUGGGAGAUUGUUAUUCUGUGGACAGGGCCAUUACUCACCUCAACAACAACUUUCUGUUCGGACAAAAACUCAAUGUUUGUGUAUCCAAGCAGCAAGCUAUUGUUCCAGGGCAAAGCUACCAAUUGGAGGACAACACCAGCAGCUUCAAAGACUUCCAUGGAUCCCGUAACAACCGCUUCACUUCCCCAGAGCAGGCAGCCAAGAACCGCAUCCAGCAUCCCAGCAAUGUCCUACACUUCUUUAAUGCACAGCCUGACAUCUCCACGGAGAUCUUCAACCAGGUCUGUGAAGAAUUGGGAAUUAAGAAACCCACAACUGUGAAACUGUUCACAGGGAAGAGUGAGCGAAGUUCAUCCGGUCUGCUGGAGUGGGAAUCCAUCAACGAUGCCAUGGAAGCCCUGGCUAUGAUGAACCAUCACCAGAUGAAAAACCCCAGUGGGCCUUACCCUUACACACUGAAGUUGUGCUUCUCGACUACACACAACACCAACUAAAUACUCCUUCAGCUGUUCAUAAUGAUUUGUGAGGAUGCAUAAAAUAAACCAUAGCUCUGUCAGUUAGCAUUCAGUCAGUAUUGACAGAAAAAUGACCUUGAUGUACUUUAGAUUACUUUCUCAUACAAUUUUUUUUAAGUCCUUUUCAUUUAAUUUUUCAAUCCAGUGUUUUAUAUGUUCACAACACCAGAGCAAAACCUCCAGUGCUCUGAAAUGAGGUCAGUUUGAUGUAGACCCUUGUGUUUGCUUUUUAAAUAAAAUGAUUGGGAACCAUUA